CAAAAGAAGUCUCCAAUAACACCAGAAAAAGUCGCCAGAUUUGUCACUAGUCGCUUUUGACAAAAAACUCGCCAAGAGGAUUUGGAUAGUCGCCAGAUUUAGCGAGAAAGUCACCAAGUUGGCAACACUGGUGGCCAAUGGCACAACAGGAAAUACGUCACAGUCCAAGGAGGCUACUGACAGCCUUCACAAUAAAAGUUUUUAAUUACGGUCAAUGAUUAAAAUACUCCAGAUCCAAACAUCCAAAACAAACACUGACAGCUAAGGGAAAGGCCGGUGGUCCAGUACAGAAAAUCGGAGUGACAGGGAGAAGAAGAGAGGUCACAGUGUCCACAUACAACCUAGGAUCUGUUCAGACUGACUAACCCUGUUUUGACGACCAGAAGUGCUGCUGCUUAUUAUAUUUACUUGACCGUUUCGGAGCAGUCUGACGUCGUCUCAGAGCACAAAGUGGAAACGCAUCUCACACUCGGCUCCUCCUCCUCUCACGUUACGAUGCCCACACACCUCCACAUGGACUGGGUUUAAUCAUCUCUCGUGAUUUCAAGAACCUUUAAUUAUUUUUCAUGCUCGUUUAGUUUUAAUUCGGACGGAACUCUUUUUUUUUAACCGAUGGCCACUGACCUCAUCACCGGCUGCAGCAUCAGCACCACGACCAGCGGAGGGUCGACAGGCCGGUCACAGCGGCCGGGUUUCAGCCAGCACACCUAGCAGGUCGCUCCGCUGCUGAGGAAUCCCACAUCAAGCCAAGUUGCCUUAUCAAAAACAGACUUCACUUCAAUCCAAAGGCAAAAAGGCCGGGCCUUUCCACUUCUAAAGAACCAACAAUGUAGAAAAAGACAUCAGUGAUUGUUGAUUCAUAAAAUGUUCUUGUUGGACAGUAGUCUAACUCAAAAAUAAACGGCGGUGGACUGGGCAACAUACGUAAAGAUGACCACGAUUGUCUCUUUCUGACACAAGAUUGUGUGUAAUUCAAGAGAUCAAGCAGUUUCUUUCUUACUACCUUUUGUAAAUGUGGAGACACCACAAACUCAGACAGCAAAUAAGAUUGUGUUACAAACAAAAAGGGCAAAGACUUUAACACAUUUAAACAAGUGAGUCAGGAAGGACUGGACAACAACUAGCACCAGACGUUUCAAAACUGGAAACACAUGUUGGACUUUAAAGCCCAGCAGCUGGAUUAAAAGAAGUACUUGGACACUAAAGGCAUCAAACGUGGAUAAACAGAGUCUUUCAAACUGAUCUAGGGGACGACAGGUGGUACAGGAGCUCACCAGGAACAAACGACAGCGACACUCCAAGAUGACACAACUACACACUGGCCUGAGACUGGAGAUGACAGAGAAAGCUCGUUUAGAGCUGAAUGAAAACCCAGACACUCUGCAUCAGGACAUCCAACAGGUGCGGGACAUGAUCGUGACGCGGCCGGACAUCGGUUUCCUGCGGACAGACGAUGACUUCAUCCUUCGCUUCCUCAGAGCCCGGAAGUUCGACCAGGUAGAAACCUUCAGACUGCUGGCCCAGUACUUCCAGUUCAGACAGCAGAACCUCGGCAUAUUCCAGAGCUUCAAGGUUGAUGAUCCUGGUAUUAAACGAGCACUGAUGGAUGGUUUCCCCGGUGUGCUGGAGACUCCGGACCAACAUGGACGAAAAAUCCUCAUCCUGUUUGCCUCCAACUGGGACCAGAGCAGGAACUCGUUCACAGACAUCCUGCGGGCGAUCCUGCUCUCUCUGGAGGUCCUGAUAGAAAAUCCGGAGCUGCAGAUCAAUGGCUUCAUCCUCAUCAUUGACUGGAGCAACUUCUCCUUCAAACAGGCAUCCAAGCUCACGCCCAACAUCCUCAAACUGGCCAUAGAGGGCCUUCAGGACAGUUUUCCAGCUCGGUUUGGAGGGAUUCACUUUGUGAAUCAGCCGUGGUACAUCCAUGCUAUGUACACCAUCAUCAAACCUUUCCUCAAAGACAAGACCAGGAAAAGGAUCUUUCUCCACGGUAACAACCUGAACUCGCUCCACCAGCUCAUCCAGCCCGAAUGUUUACCAUCAGAGUUUGGCGGCACGCUGCCACCGUACGAUAUGGGCGUCUGGGCCCGAACGCUACUGGGACCAGACUACAACGACGAGGCCGAGUACACGUUGACCUAUGACGCCCUGCACGUCAGGGAGAACUGUGGAGGAGGAGGAGACAAGGAGGUGAUGAAGAGGUCUCAGUCUGCAGUGGAACCAGGAACUCUCCGACAAAACGAUAGAGAGACUAGCACACCGCUCCUGGCCCUGGACUGAACACACACACACUCUCUCUCUCUCUCCUGAGCUGUUACACAUAAUCAUCACACAAAGAUCUUCAACACAAACAUGCACAGAUUUACACACAACAAAUCACAACCUCCACUUUGACACAUAUGCAUCACAUAUGUUUGUCUUACUAUGAAUGUGGGGACACUCAUUGACAUGUCUUCCCAGGCCCCUUAGCCUAAACUCUUCCCUGAUGUCUUUCCAGACUAGAGGCUCCAGUGAGACUCAAACCAAACUGACACCAUCAGCCCCUCCUAACUGCUCUCUGCCCCUCCCAUCACCCCCGUUUCCUAGCGACAAUGUAAAAUACGGGUGCCUGGUUGGGACAAACUGCACACAGCGCAGCCUCCAGUCUGAAGCUGGCCUUAGCUGGCUAACAGUAAAUGUGUCAGUCCAAUAGAACACUCUGGUUACUGCUUAUAUGACACAAAGCCCCAGUUCCUCCCAAAUUAAAAUCAUAUUGAUUCAACACAAAGGUAAAAUCCUGACCAUGCUAGAUGG